GGCGCGGCGGCCGCCAUCUUGAGCGGCUGGAGGGCGCGGGAGGAAGCGGUGCCGGGCCGGCGGCCUCCCCCCGUCGGUCUCCCCAUGGCCGGGCAGUUCGACGCCGAAGACCAGGCGAGCUGGUACUGGGGGCGGCUGAGCCGCGCCGAGGCGGUGGCGCUCCUGCACGGGCAGCGCCACGGCACUUUCCUGGUGCGGGACUCGGGCACCAUCCCCGGCGACUUCGUCCUCUCCGUCUCCGAGAGCUCGCGCGUCUCCCACUACAUCGUCAACAGCGGCGGCGGCGGCCCGGGGUUGAAUCCUCCUAAAUUCCGAAUCGGCGAUCAAGAGUUUGAGUCACUACCAGCUUUAUUGGAAUUCUACAAAAUACACUACUUGGACACUACAACCUUGAUAGAACCUGUUUCAAAAUCUAGGCAUAACAGUGAUGUGCUGGUGAGGCAGGAAGAAGCUGAGUACGUGCGUGCUCUUUUUGACUUUAAUGGCAAUGAUGAUGAAGACCUUCCAUUUAAAAAAGGUGACAUACUGAGAAUCUGGGAGAAGCCUGAAGAGCAGUGGUGGAAUGCCGAAGACAGUGAAGGAAAGCGAGGGAUGAUACCUGUUCCAUACGUUGAGAAGUAUAGACCGCCCUCUACUUCAGUACCUGCUCCAGUUGGAGGUAACCAGGAUAGUUCCCACCCACAGCCAAUGGGUGGGCCGGAGCCAGGUCCCUAUGCCCAGCCCAGCAUCAACACUCCGCUCCCCAACCUCCAGAAUGGCCCAAUUUUUGCCCGGGUUAUCCAGAAGCGGGUCCCCAAUGCCUACGACAAGACUGCCUUGGCUUUGGAGGUCGGAGAGCUAGUAAAAGUCACAAAGAUUAACAUGAGUGGCCAGUGGGAAGGAGAGUGCAGUGGCCGACGAGGUCACUUCCCAUUCACCCACGUCCGGCUGCUCGAUCAACAGAAUCCAGAGGAAGAUUUCAGCUGAGUACGGCUCAACUGCUCCGCUUACAGAUGGGAAUAAACACACAGUGUUUUACUGCCGCUGCAAUAUAGACAGUUCUUCUGUCUAUCAAAUGCUUCAACAAGUAUCCUGAUAUGCAUAAAAGCUCCCCAGGACCAAACACCACCAUUCCUUAAACAAGACUUAAAUCUUCAGGAUACCCAAUUCUGCGGCUUCAAAGACAUCGCAUUCCCAUGCAAUAGAAUACGAGAGCUAUGGUGGAUUCUUGUUUCUGGUUUUCGCUGAUCCCAUAACUACUUCUGUAGGCAGAAAACCGGAAUGGUUAGUAGGACACUUGCAAGUUGCUAACCCUGGAGCUUCCCUUCUUUGGAUUAGACUUCUAUUGUAAUGUCUGUUAUAACUGCUUAUUGCAUAAGUAAACUGCAGAGUGCAGGUAAUCUUUUUUUACAUAAUACUGGGAUUAGCUACAGCAUUACUACUUCCAUAUGAAUGGAUACAGACAAAUCCGGUUCUCCAGAGUGAAAGUUCUAGAAAGGGCCCCCAGUACUGUCAUAGCUAGUCACUGAUUUAAUUUGAGGUAACUUCUAUGUGGAGUGUUAAACCUCCCAUUUAGUGCAGAGAACUAUGUUCAUUGCACUUUAUUCAUUAAUAUGUAGCGGUAAGAGUAGCUAAAUCUGCUACCAAGCUCAGCACUACACUCCAAAGGUAACAUUAACCACUGUAGGCAAGAGAGCGCCUGAAAAUCUUGUAAAGUAUUCUUGUUCGUUCAGUAUAGUGCAGGGGUCCCCAACCUUUUUUGAGCCUGUGGGCACCUUUGGAAUUCUAAUACAGGGUGGUGGGUGCAAGCACAAAAUGGCUGCUGCAGGAGGUGGAGCCAAUCGCAAAACGUAAGGAGCGAGAUUAUGUAUAACUCUAAUGGUAACCCAGCAAUAUUUCAAGCGGGAGCUCUGCUUAAUAGUAUGCCUUUUUAAAUGAAAAUAUUGUUUAAAAAUAUUUUCUUUUAUGCACACAGCUUACCUUCAGUCACAUUGUGCUGCGGUGGCAGUUGUUGCUAAAGCAACGUUUUUAAAGAUCUGCUCAGCCAAUCAGAUUUCUAAUAGCUAAUCAGAAACCCUGCAGGGCAAAAGCCCCAUCUGGUCCCAGCCACUUUCUUAAGCGUUUGGCGGGCACUAGAAAAGGUGCUGGCAGUCACCAUGGUGCCCAUGGACACCGUGUUGGGGACCUCUGAUAUAUUGUGACAAAUGUCACCAGCAUAAACUGAAAAACUUUUUUUUCUUUUAGAAUUGGUAUCUGGAACUGUUCUGUUUCCAUCUGUUAAGCAUUAAAAUGGUGGCUUCAUGAAGAUUUUAUUUUUAAUAAACGAAUGGAAAUCCUUAAGUGCUUCUGGACUGAUUCUAAGACAUUUCAUGGUUCACAAAAAAAAAAUGGAGCACUUUAUAGCUUCCGUUAGUCACUCCUCGAACAUCCAUCUUUUUGUAUUACUACUUGCCAGGCUGCUUAUGAACAAUUUGGUUUUAACAGAAAGCAAGACACCCCCAUCUAAAGUCAACCGUCCCUUACAUGGCAUAUUUGCCAAAACAUGCCAAACAAGACACGUGUGACCACAGUGGUUUGCAGCUACAUGUGUGAUGUUUGUAAAAAGGCUUUCCCUUUGAGUGAUAAAAGAAUUAAAAUGCUGUUUGGAUUCUCACAUAGACAUCAUUCUGUCAUUCUUGUAUAAGUUAAGGGGUAGAAAAGCUGUUUCCUGUUGGGGAUAACAUGGUUGUCAUGCUGAGGUCCGCAAAACUUAUGGUAGCUAGUUAAUUCAGGGCUGCAGCAUGCUAACUAUGAUGUUCUUUGACUUUUACUCAAAUGUAGCUGCAUUAACUUAAGAGGCCUGUUGAUAGUGCUAGUCCCUGUUAGCAAACUGGAUUCUGACAGUGUCAUAACAACUUUGGGCAAAAUGCAUUACUGGUUUUGCUCUAGCUAUGGCUGGAAAGUGAAGUAUGUUCUAAGCGCUGAGCAUGCCUGUUGAACAGUCUUCAUUUUUCCAAUUUCUUUCAUGUACUCUUUUUUCAUUUGCAUGGGUGGGAUUAAACCAUUACAGGGAAUUUAUAAUUGCAACCUGCUGGUCUCUGAGUAUACCAAUUUCUCUGACUUGUUUUUCCAUUUUGCUGAAGUGCAACACAUUAAGGCAGCAGAAAUUUCCAUUUUCAGUUGCUUCAUAAUACAUUCUUCAUAUCCGCACUUCUUUCACCCAAACCUUUAACAUAAUGUCCUGUUAAAAACACUUGCAGCAUUAAUUCCAAUGUAUGAGAUUUUAACUACAUCAGAUUUUAAUAUGAAAAGGGUGUGUUAAUUAAGGCUCCAUGAGAUAACUUAUGUAUGUUGUCAAAGGUACUGCAUUUAGAAUUUUAUUAUGAAACACAAAGUGCUGGAUACAGAGCUUUACAAAUUCAUCUACAAUUCUAUAAACAAGUAAUAUAGGGGAUACUAAAUUCAAUUCACCAUCCUAGCCAUAAUAUUCUGUUUAUCAAACUUACCUAACUUUUUACCAUGCAACAUACAGGUUGGUAUCCAAUUUUCUUUUUACUGAAUAAAUUUUUAUUUUAAAAAUUGAAACAAUGUGCUGUAUUUAAUUCAAAAACAGACACAUCACUGUUCAUUUCUGCUUAGAAUAUAUAUAUUCACCACUUUCCUCCACAAUGGGCACUCAAAGUAGUUUACAACAUCAUUCUCUCCACCUCCAACUAUCAUCUUGGCAGGAUAAAGAAUAUCAGAGAAGCUGUGGCUGCUUUGUAGCAUGGGAGAAAGACCCUUCUGUUCACCAGUGUGACAGUGGUGAAGCUGGAAGUGGAAAUUAAGUAAAUCUGUGUUCCUCAGGUGAUGGGGAAAGUCUUCAUUUGUUUAAAAACGAUUGAAUAAAUUCAAUCUGGACAGAAUUAGAGUCUCUCAUAACCACAGUAAAGCUCCUUUCUUGUAAAUGGGUAGCGAGGUCAAUAAUUUAUUUGUUCUAGAGCUAGGGAAAGCAGGGUUUCUAACAGGACGCAGAAUACUUGGCUACUGUUUUGCUUAAUGCAUAUUAGUGUUAAUGUUCAUGAAGAUGAUUAUGUGCAUGUUUUCUCUUAUCCUUUUCAAUCAAGCUUACCUUUGGAUACUGAAACCUACGGUUCAAUUUCAUCGGUUAGAAUUAAUACUCCAUAUGUGUUUAGACAUUUUAAUAGCAUGUCCCAUUAAGGGUCGGGGGUGAAAGAUAGCAAGAAAACCAGCAAAAAUGUGAGUGGUAAACGUUUACACAACACUAUCUACCUUCUUGCCCGUCUCUGAAGCAUGUAUUCGACAUGUUCAUUAUGCGUCAAAUAAAAAUUACAAAAACAGA